GAACCUCGCAAGAUAUGACGCUUUAGGAAACCACGAAACUUAGCAAGCUCGUCGCAUCCACCAGAGAAGCCAGCCUCUAUGAUAGCAUGCCAAACAUCAAGACUGACUUUAUCAGUGCGACAAUGCUCUUCCGUAUACAGGUUUCGAUGCGAAAGAAUCCUGGGGCUGUGUUCGUUCCAAGGAUUGCGGGUGGUGUUUCAUUGAUUAAAUAGAGGCGGCUGUCGUUCUCCUAGUUACGCGUUCUCGCUUCGCAUCGGAUCCCUCGGAUCUUCGUUUAAAGGCAGCCUGUCCGACUCCACAUAACUCCUGCAGAAGGAACCUGUCACCAGUGUGAUUUGGUAAGACUUCUUGGUCUGAUCAAAUAUUGUUCUACGUCGGGAUUUGACCAAUAAUGUCUGCAGUUCGCUCAUCUCGGAGAUGGCAUAGCAAGUCGAGGACUGGCUGCCAGGGGUGCAAAUCCAGGAAAGUCAAGUGUGAUGAACAUCGACCUUCUUGUCGCAAUUGUCUGAAACGAGCAACGAAAUGCGACUUCCUUGAUUCCGAACCCCCAGUACCGUUAUCUAUAUCAGGAUCGCAGAACCUAGAACUGGAACUUUUGCAUAAUUUCACGGUCGCAACGGCGGCAACCCUCAGCACCGAGACCCAGACUCGGGACAUGUGGCGUGUAGCUGUACCUCAGAUCGGAUUUGGUACUCGAUACAUAAUGGACUGUAUACUGUCUUUAUCAGCUCUGCACAUGGCAAGAUCCGACAUCAAACGACGCGAUCUUCUUCUCUCGCAGGCAAACGUACACCUCAAUGCAUCACUGAAAGAAGCCUUGCCUCUGAUCCCAAGCGUCAAUAAAAGCAAUUGCGAUAAGUUGUUCCUCUUCUCAGUAUUGGUAUUAUACAUCAACCUGGCGAGCCCAAGACGGGAAGAAGACAUGCUCGUGCUUGAAAGUGACAAAAUGCCACAGUGGCUGUUCCUUCUUCGCGGUAUCAAUCCAAUCGUGGAACCUUAUGAAGAAGCUCUGGUCUCAUCUUCAGUAUCCCUCAUAUAUCGAGCCACGGAAAGCAGUUACCAAUUCUGGUUUAGCCACACCCCAGCCGAAGAUCUGAACCUCGAUGAUCUCGAGGCAGGUAUCCGAAUCCGUACCCAGAAUGACGAAGCCAAACAAAAGGUUCUUAUAGAUACUACUCAGAAGAUGAGACGGAGUUACACCUUUCUCCACAGACUUGGGGACGAAGCGAGGAUACGGGGUUUUUACACCUUUCUUUUUGAGAUAAGUGAUGAGUACUUAACCUUGCUCAAAAACCUCGACAGCGACUCCUUGUGCAUAUUCGCUUUCUUCUCAGUUCUUAUUCAAGACUUUGAAAAGUACUGGUGGGCGAAGGGGUGGGGCAAACAUCUAAUUAAGAGAAUUUACUUUUUAUUGGACGAAGAGUAUAGGAUAUACAUACGAUGGCCUAUCGAACAGAUCGGAUGGGUACCACCAUACACACAUUCAUGAUGUAGGAUAAGUGUUGAAGCAAUCAGUCGUUCUUCUCUUAAUACCAACUUUUAUCGCAAACUAAUCCGGACACCACGCCCAUGUCAUCGACCAAGUAAGACAUCUAAACA